AUGCCUUACCGAACAGCUCGCACCACCACCCACCACCACCACCACGGCAACCACAGGGACAACCGUGCUCGCGGCCUCAGGGCUGCCAUCAACAAUCCCCGAACCACACAUGCUGGUAGGGACAAUGCCCAGCACGAGCUCCACGCGAUGGGCAUGAGGUCUACUCGACCCAGCCUCGGCACGCGUAUUCGUCACUUCUUGCACCUCCCUGGCAAGUCGCACAACCGCCGCCACACCCACAGGGCCCAUACCACUGCGCCCUCGACGACCACGACGACUACGUCAACUCAUCACCGUCGAACCCAUCGUUAUUAG